GAACAUCCUGCAUGGACGUCCAAGGGCCUGUGUAGGUAGUUCGGAGGAUGUGAUGGUCAUUGGCGACGGGGAGACUGAGAGUGUGCAUGUGAGACAAGAUAAAAUCAAAGACGGGCGGAACCAAUGUGUUCUUUGACGAUGAAGGAGAGCGGCUUUGUCGCAGUGCUACAAUUGUACAGGUGCGGUGAUGACAAUGGGAGCAGCCGAUACAGCAGCCAUAUCGGCAUUUCAUCGUCGCGUUCCAGCUUUAAAGCCACAGGUGACGCGUCUUCUCAAGCCAUCUCGUGUUGAGAGAAACCUCCAAGGUUGUCGGUCUCUUUGCUUUUUCGGCCUUAAUAUUUUCCAGGUAUUCAUAUGGAUGGAGAGACACAUGUAUUACAUAUUCCCAGAUUUCCGCCAUGUUCCCCGAUCUCUCGUCUCGGAGGACAACGGCCGUGUGUGUGUGUGUCUGUGUGUGUCUGUGGGCAUGCACAUGGGGGCGAGUGCGCGGUCUCCCUCUCUCUCUCGUGCCCUUUCGGCUCCACAUCGUCCGACCAUUGACCAAGAUUUCGACUCGAUAGACACAUUCCGCAUCUGCCAACGUCUCUACCAAGGAAUCGACGAGAGAGAUGGUGAUGGAGAAGACGAAGAAAGGCGAACGAAACCGCGCGCCCACGUGUUUCCCCCUUCCGCUUCUGGCACUGCUUUCGUUACGGGCCUACCACGGUCAAUACGACACAUCGUAUCCAAGCAAUGACGGAUGCGCUCUCCUGAUCGCCCUGCGCCUGCCCUGCAGCGAAACCGUUUCGGGCGGGUUUCUGUCCCAAGUGCGACGAGGAAAGAGAAAAAAGAAAGACCCGAGGAGGAGAGGGAUUCCACGCAUCAGUCCCGCGUCGCCAUACGGCAUAAUUCUCCAUCAUUUGAUCCAUGUGUUUUGUGCUGUAGGGAGAAAUAGGUGCUGAACAUACCUACAGGAGGUACUCGUCCCAACCUAAUUUGGUGGGCUGCAUGCAUCGUGGAAGGCAGAGGGAGAUCGGCCGAUGCGGACCUAGCGCCGUCAACGGUUCA